AGCUGGAAAAUAUCAUAACAUUUUUCAAUUGUGAGUUGUUUGUUCCUCGUUUGACUCUCUGCUAAAGAAGAAGAUCAUGGUUUGGUGGGAGGCAGUUUUAUCACCAGCCCUUCAAGUUUUGUUUGACAAAUUAGCUUCAGGAGACAUCCUAGAGCUUCUGAGAAGAUGGAACAUAAAUGAUUUGCUUCUUGAGAAGCUGAAGAUUGCUUAUUUCACCUGCACAGUGGUGCUCGAUGAUGCAGAGGAGAAGCAGUACUUCAAUCCAGCAAUACAGACAUGGCUGGACAUGCUGAAAGAUGCUGUUUGUGAAGCUGAAGAUGCACUGGAUUUUCUGGCCACUGAAGCCUUGAGAUGCAAAGUGGAGCUUAGCCCUCAAAGCCUUUCAAAUCAGGUAAGGAAUAAGAACUUUCUUGCAAAUAAUUUUAGUCCAUAUGAUGAAGGAAUGAAUGUCAAGAUUGAGAAGAUUAUUGAAAAACUGGAAUUCAUUGCAAAACAAAAGGGUAUUCUUGGUUUGGAAAGUAGUGGAAAAGGGAUACAUGGAAUGAUGCACAGAACUCCAACAACUCCAUUGGUUGUUGAAUCUUGCAUUUAUGGCAGGGAGAACGAAAAGGAGGACAUAAUAAAUUUAUUGUUAGCUGAUGAUGGAACUAAUAACCAGGGAUUCUCUGUAAUACCAAUUGUGGGUAUGGGUGGGAUUGGCAAAACAACACUAGCUCAGAUUGUUUACAAUGACAAGAGGAUAGAUGAGGCUUUUGAUGUAAAAGCUUGGGCUUGUGUUUCAGAUGACUUCAAUUCGAUAAAUAUAACCAAGGCACUAUUGGAAUCAUCAACUGCUAAACCUUGUGAUACAAUGAACUUGGAGCUUCUUCAGAGGGGCUUAAAACAAACUUUGAACAAAAAGAGAUUUUUAAUUGUUUUAGAUGAUGUUUGGAAUGAGAAUUUUGAGAAUUGGAAUGAGUUAUCAAUCUCUUUCAUGGAUGGGGAUCCACGGAGUAGGAUCAUUGUGACUUCUCGUAACGAAGGGGUUCUAAGAGUCAUGAAGGCACUCCCAGCUUAUCGUCUUAAGGAAUUGUCAGAUACACAAUGUUGGUUGUUGUUCCAAGAUCACACGCUGGAAAAUGAAGACUCAGAAAAGUACUUGUCUUUGAGACAAAUAGGUAGAGAAAUAGUAAAGAAGUGUCAGGGCUUGCCUUUGGCUGUGAAGAUGCUAGGAGGCUUAUUGGCUUCAAAAUUAGAUGCCGUCUAUUGGAAUCAAGUCUUGAAUAGCAACCUGUGGGAUUUACCUCAAAAAAAGAAUUCCAUUCUGCCAUCUCUAAGACUGAGUUACCAUCACCUACCUCCCAAUUUGAAGAGGUGCUUUGCAUAUUGUUCAAUAUUUCCCAAAGGCUAUGAAUUUGAAAGGAAAAACUUAGUCUUGCUGUGGAUGGCAGAAGGGUUUGUGCAGCCAGGAGCGAAAAUUAGUAUGGAAGAGGUGGGUGACGAGUACUUUUCAGAGCUACUGUCAAGGUCAUUUUUUCAAGAGUCUGCGCUCAAUAGAUCUCGGUAUGUCAUGCACGAUUUGAUAAAUGAUUUAGCUGGAAGUGUAUCAAGGAUAUCAUGUGUUAGGCAAGAGGAGAAUUGGCAAAGAGAGCAUCUUGAAUGGUCUGAAAAAGUUCAUCAUUUCUCUUACAUUUCGCAGCAAAUAUGAUGUCUUCAAAAGAUUUG